AGUUGCGCAUGCGCAUUGUUGAGUGCUGUCAUCGCGUCUGUCGGAUCUCUCUCAGGCUCGUGCGGGUCCUGUAGGCGUUGGCUGGUGCAGAUGUGGGCGUGAUCCGGGACAGAUGAAGCCUGUGUUUGUGCGGGACACAUGCGGGCUGAACCCCUGACUGCGGACAUCAGCCGAGCUGAUCUCUAAUGAUGCAGAGUGAGGAUCGCAAGAGAAAGAAACACAGUUUGAACCCCAGAAGCGUGUCAGACGAGUACAGUCUGCGUGAGCGACCGAAAGACGAACCCACAAAAAUGAAGAAUAAAGUUUCCACUUCACAAGUGAGCAGUAAGAAGAAGCCGUGGUCCUGGGAUCAGUAUCUGGAGGAAGAGAGAGCCCAGCCCGCUCCUCUGCAGCUCUUCACUGAGUUCCAGGCGUUUCCUGACGGCAGGAAUGGCUUUAAGGUGGGGAUGAGGCUGGAAGGCAUCGACCCGCUGCAUCCGUCCAUGUUCUGUGUGCUGUCAGUGGCCGAGGUGAUUGGCUUCCGUCUGCGGCUUCAUAUCGAUAGUUACUCAGAGUGCUAUGACUUCUGGGUAAAUGCAGACUCUCCUGACAUCAAACCAGCGGGAUGGUGCGACUUGACGGGCCACAAACUCCAUCCACCCAAAGGUUACAAGCCGGACGAGUUUAACUGGGAGAAAUAUCUGGAGGCCUGCAGCGCUCAAGCCGCACCAAAGAACCUCUUCAGAUCCCAAAGCAGCUCGUCGAGCGUCUCUGCGUUUGCGGUGGGAAUGAAGCUGGAGGCGGUGGAUCGUAAGAACCCGUGUCUGGUGUGUGUGGCCAGCGUGGCCGAUAUCGUGGACGACCGAUUCCUCGUGCAUUUCGACAACUGGGACGACACCUACGACUACUGGUGUGACGCGAGCAGCCCGUUCAUUCAUCCGGUGGGCUGGUGUCAGGAUCACGGCCGGCCGCUCACGGCACCUCAGGGACACCCAAAUCCAGAGCACUUCAUCUGGGAGGAUUACAUGGAGGACACGGGCGCAUCUGCGGCUCCCAGUCAAGCCUUCAACGUGAGAUCUCCACACGGCUUCCGGACGCACGUGAAGCUGGAGGCGGUGGACAGACGAAACCCCAUGCUGAUCCGCGUGGCCACCGUCGUCGAAACCGAAGACUACAGAGUCAAAGUGCAUUUUGACGGCUGGCAUGAGAAGUUUGAUUUUUGGGUGGAUUCAGACCUGCCGGAUCUUCAUCCCGUGGGCUGGUGCUCCAGGACGGGUCACCCGCUCGAACCGCCGCUCACUUGCGCAGGGCUGUCGGACAUGAAGAGCUCCGUGACGCAGGGCGUGUGUCCAACCCCGGGCUGCAGGGGCAUCGGUCACAUCAAGGGAGCAAAAUACACCGGACACCAUAGUGCCUUCGGUUGCCCGUAUUCUGACAUGAACAUGAAGAAGGAGGUGGUGCUGCCCGACCGGCUGGGAGGAGAGAAGCAGAUCACAUUCGUCCCGGUGCACUUUGUGCAAAAGACCAAACGCCUGUGUCCGGACGAGGAGGAUGACGAGGACGAGGAAGAUGGGAAGGAGGAGAUCAGCCAUAUGGACAACAGGGUGAUGAUGGCGGCGUACGACGGCGCUCCUCGUCUGCGCGGUCGUCCUGCGAUGGUGAAGAGAGAGCUGAAGGACGAGCCUGUGACGGCGGGACAGAAGCCGCUGUCGCCCCUCGGGAAGAGAGGACGUUUACCCAGCAGACUCUCUCAGUCCACAAAGUAUCUGCGUAUCAAGGAUGAGGAGGACGACAUUGACGUGAACAGCGUUAUUUCAGAGCGUAACAUGGACAGUCUCCAGCAGGCGCUGCAUCAGUCCGUCUUCCUGUCGGCCAUGUCCGCUCACCCGAGCCGUGACCUGCCUCUGUGUUGGGAGCAGCACUGUAAGCUUCUGCCCGGCGUGGCCGGCGUUCAGGCCAGUCGUGUCGCCCACUGGACCGUCGAGGAGGUGGCUGAUUUCAUCCAUUCUUUACCCGGCUGUGAGGAACAAGCCAAGCAGUUCAGAGAGGAGCAAAUCGACGGGAAGGCCUUUCUGCUGUUGACGCAGCGAGACAUCGUUAAGAUAAUGAGCGUGAAGCUCGGCCCCGCCCUCAAGAUCUACAACUCCAUCCUGAUGUUCAAACACGCCGAGGAUAAAAACCAGCCGGCGGCCGGCGACGCCGACACCUGAAGCGGCGCCUGUAUGUGAAACGCAGAUGAAUCUACUGUAUCGAUGCAUUCCGACACCUCUCGUGCCCCGAACGCCCUUCGUUAGCGCUAAUCACCCGUACGGCCUCCGCCUCCGUCAGGUUCCCGUUCUGCCUUUAAACCGCCUGCACGUGUGCGGCUCCCUUUCCCUCGAAACUCAACGACGUGACAAUCAAACGCAGUCGACGGCAUCUCUAUCAGGGGUUUCUCUCAGUCACGGUGCUAUUUGUAUUCAAACACAACAGGCAAACAGCGACUACAGGAUUCGCUCUCGUGUGCGGCGAGCGAAUGUGUGCGUGUGUGUGUGUGUGUGUGUGUGCGUGCGUGUGUGUGUGAGACUUUAAACGAACAGUUUGUACAGUAAUGAACAUUCUGUCAUCAUUUACUCACCCUUUUCGUGUCCAAACCCGUGACGUUCACAGCAGAACAUCCUGCUGUUUCAGUUUAAUGGACGUGAAUGGAGACUCGACCGAAUGACGCAAACGGCUCCGUAUCGUGGAUUGGCUUUCAGAAAUUUGAAUUAAGACUAAAAUCUCAUGGACUGACACUUCAGUUCUGCUGAGAUCAAGUUUUAUAAUGACUUUAGUUUCUACGUAGUUGUUUUUAUGCUGCUUUUUGUGUCAUUUUGGUUUUCAGAGGUCGUUUGGGUUUGAGUAAAUGAUGACGGGACAAUCGUUGCUGUCUGAACUCUUCCUUAAUGCUCAGAGAUUUGUGCCCGUUCUGUUACUUCCUCUAAUUUUAUUCUAUUUUGUACAGUUCUGUAUGAUUUCGCUGUACCUGCUGAAUCACCUUUUAUUUAUUGUGCAAAAUGGCCGUACGUUUGCACAGGGAAGGAUAAUAAUAUAUUGUGUAUAAUCAAUUUCAAAUGCCAAAAGAAUUUGUUUUAAAUGGAAGAGUGUUUAUUUUUGUGACGUGUCGCGCAGAGCCCAGAAUUAGACGAAUCCCUGUUUAUGUUUAAUGAAAUAUAUUAUGAAAUACUUUAUUGGAGUGUGAAUGGCUCUGUGAGAAUGUGAUCUGAAUUCUGGUUUCGCAUCAGGGGAUUUUCUGAUGAUUAUUUAAAGACUUGCUAUAAUGCACAAAGCAAACGAUAUAUAUAUUUGCUAUGAAUUUUGACAUUGGUGUGAUUUCGACGCCGAAUCCGUCUCAUUUGAACGUGUUUAUUUAAUUUAGCCAAACGUCAGGAAUGUACGUCCAUCUCGUGCGCGUUUUAGUUUUCGCUCUUCAGAUGCGGAAUGAAGGCGAUCAGUUGCGUUCCAAUGCGUUGCUGUGUUAGUUCCGGUCCGUUCAUCCAGAUACGAUGAUUGAAUUAUUAAUCAGAUGCUCUGUACAUAUUUCUACACCCUCUUUCUUAAACUCACUCACACUUUGUACAACAGAUUUCAUUCAGUCACAUCAGCACCCUAAUAAACAGUGCAAACCUCCAA